UUAUUGCCUCUUUGUUUUUGUGUGGCUUCGGCACUACCGUCUUGUGUACGUACAUGUAGCUAGCUGUAGAACUCAAGGUAUUAGACAGCUUAGAGGCGAGUACUAGUGGCCCUGAACAAGCCAAACUCUCAUCGGACAAGAUCUGAGGGGGACUGAAACGAGUAGAGAUUGUGAUCGCUUGACAAACACCCCAGAAUAGGUCUGUGAACACUCCCCUUUUCACAAGAUCUCCACACCAUUAUGGCCAGCUCUGAUGAACCUCCCUGUCUGAGCAUUGGUACAGAAGUGAGUGCCAAGUACAGAGGAGCUUUCUGUGAGGCUACCAUCAAGAUUGCAAAGAAACUGGUCAAGUGUAAGGUGUCGUAUACCAAGGGCCAGACAGCCAUGGUCAACAAUGAUGUCAUCAAAGGACCUCUCAAGGCUGGCUCACAGGUGGAGGUCAAGCAACCUGACGGCCAGUUUCUAAUGGCAACCAUCAACAAACUGACCGACCAGAGCACCUACACAGUUGUGUUUGAUGAUGGUGACGAACGUACACUCAAGCGUUCCUCGCUGUGUCUACAAGGAGCACGUCACUUCCACGUGAGUGAGAGCCUCGACAACCAACCGCUAACUGACCCCGAGAACUUUGGUGCUCCUGUCAAGAAAUCUGGUCGUAAGAGACGACGACUUAGCCCCGGGUCAUCUCAGGAGGAGUCUAGCGUCAAGAAGAAAUGUGCCUACCCGCCAGAGUUCCCCGUUGGCAAGGCUGUGUUCUUGGAGAAUGACCGACGUCGGUCCUGCUGGUUGCCCGCGGUGAUAGUCCCCGCCCACUAUGUCAUGGACGAGAGUGAGAUGACCCCGGACACAAUCUGUCUGAGAUCAUUCAAGGAUGGACGAUUUUUUGCAGCCACUCAGAAUGAGCUGCACGACUUCUCGCCUGACAAGGAGCCACUGCUGAGCAUGCUCGAGGGAGAGAUUCAAGCAAUGUACAUGUGCAAGCCAGCCAUUGAGAGGGCCACUGCCUACCUGGACACUGGAGAGCUGCCCUGGGACAUGGACCUCUUUGACAAGAAUACUGAGUCCCCCUCCCAGCGUCCCAGUCCCCUCCGCCCACGAGACUGCACCUCCUCUGAGCAGGAGGAUACCAUCACUCCCGAGGACAGAGAGGACUUCAUGCAACGCUACACCUCCUUCCUUGAGUCCAAGGGAACCCCACUGUCUCGACCCGCUAUGGUCGGACAGAAGGAACUUGACCUGCACCGUCUCUACAAGAUGGUGAACGAAAUAGGGGGCAUGGAUCGAGUGACACAGGAGAUGAAAUGGAGGUCCAUUUAUCUGAGGCUGGGCAUGCCUCCCACAACCACCGCAUCCUAUGCCAUUAGCAGGGCUUACAAGAAAUACCUCAAUGCCUUUGAGCUGUUUGAGAAGGGCAAGGGUGCUAAAGUCGGGAAAGAGGCGUCGAAACAGUCUCGUAAACGUUUGGCCGUUGCCAUUGACAACUGUGAGGAAGAUCAGCAACAAAAGCAACAACAACAACCACCAAAGAGUGAAAAAGUCGAGGAAAAAGUUUUACCUAAAAUUACGAGAAAUACGAAAAUAGAACGCAUUGAACCGAGGAUAAAUUUGGAGAAGAUGAUUAACUCUUCUUUGGAGAAGGCAAAGGCACUUCCUCGAGUGGACAAGCAAAAGCUGGAGUCACCAAAGGUCAAUCGAAGCGAUAAGCCGGUCAAACAGGUCAAACCUGUUACUAAGGAAGUGAAAGCUGGCUCCAAGGAGGACGACACUAGGUCGCGUAGUACAGAGGUCAAGUCAGAGAUAUCAGAUCAGGAAGGAUCAAUGAUUGAGAACAGCAUCAAUGGUGAUGAGGCUCGGCCUGAUGAGAGGAGGGUGGGCGUGAGGUGUCCUGGGGGGUACGCUGAGAAUGACAACGUCCUGGUCUGGUACGGGAAGGGAAAGUCCCUCAAAACUUAUCAGGCCAAGAUCCAGAGCAUUGACAAGAGCUCCAUGGGACGUACCUACUUGGUGCACUACAACGGCUGGAACAAUCGCUACAACGAGUGGAUAGAGGAACAACGACUGGCGGGAAAGGUUACGGGGGAACCAAAGCCCAGCAGACCUCUCUUCUCAAAGAAGAAGAAUAAGAGACAAAAGCCACCAUCAACCCCACGAACAACAGAGAGUACCACGCCUUCUCCUGCCCCCUCACCGGCCACACCCACAUCCAUUCCCAUAACCACCCCCUCAAGUAUACCCCCUAAUGACGGCAAUGGACCUCAAAAGUUGAGGCUCAAAGAGGAACCGAAAGAACAGUCCCUGAAAAAGACCCCUCAGCUACCAAAACCUGUUGCUGCUAACGGUAAUAUUGCGGUGAAAAAGCCGAGAGGCAAAAAACGAAAUCGAUCACUGAGUGAAGCAAACAUCUGUAGUCCUCCAUCCCCAGAAUUGAUUGAAGCGAUCUCUUUGGACGUCUCCCCACCCAAGACCCCCCAUCUCUCACCCCCCAUAGAGCAGCCCAUCCCAUCUCCCCCUAAACCAGCCGAGCCAUCAAUAAACCCUGCCUCCCGUACUUCAUGGGUGGAGCCAACUCCUGCGACCCCCAGCAGCGAACCCGCUCCCGACCUGGACGAGGGGAUACAAGUGAAACGAGAGGAGAGUUGGGACAGCCCCAGGGGAUCUACUUCAUCCUCCAUCGAACACGGAAGUCGGUCCACUUCAUCGUCUAGCGGACACGGAAGUCUGAGCAGUGGAGGGAGUGAGAGUGGGGAGGAGGUUGUGCCUCGUGGCCUGGGGGGACUGGCCGCCGUGGCAGCUGCAGCCAACGCCCUCGUCAUUGCCGAGAAAGUUCCCGAUACUGCCAGAGUUGUACCACGACCGCUUGAAAGAGUGGAGUCUGAUCUCUCUGUGGAUGGAUUAUCAGUACUAGCUACACAAGCCUCACAAGCCACACUCUCCACACAUGGCACACCAACCACAAACUCGAGUGUUGACUCAUUAAGAAACCCCUCAGGCAACGCCCCCUCGACACAAGAACCCCCCCAGACUACCGCUCCCUCGCUACCCCCAAACAGUGACAGUAGUAACGGCUACGAGACUGAAGACAGUUUGUACGCGGACAGGAAGUCACCUGACAACAAGCCUUCGAGUGACAAGGAGAUGACGCCCCCUAUGGAGAUAAAUGAGCGUGGCAAGAGGAAGUCCCCGGUGGGCAAGCGAAAGUACGCUGAGAGUGAAGAGGACUACGAGGCGAGGAAGAUGGCUAGGAGGGCGGAGCUUAACUUCAAGAUUGAUUUCUCCCAACUUCCUGAGAUGAACAGAGGGGAAAGAACAGUGCUCAUUCAGCACAAAAUCCGUGAGCUGCAGUCUAGAUGGAUGGAGCUGAGGUCAGAGGUCGCCUACCUCGAGCGUAAGAAGAGAAGGGCAAGACGGAAAGAAAGAGACACUGCUCGUCUCCAAGCAACGACCUCAUCAACCCAGACUGCAACACCACCCUCAACAGAGCCACCUCCUCAAGCCCCCUCCGUCCACUGUCACUGAGCUGUUUCUAUAGACCCCACCCUUCGUAACCAUGACAAUCGUGCAUGUAUGUCCCUAGUUUACAGCUGUCUUAAUGAACUCUGAACUCUAUAUAUUCGUUCAACGCUUUGAAGGAGUUUCUCAAUGUAAUUUUCUCUGUCUAUAGAAAUUAGCAUCACUGUACAUGUACAUGUAUGUUCUUAUGCUUUAGCCAUUUUAUGUACAGUGUCAUGUAAUGUCAA